ACUACAACACUCGCCAAGGCUCUCGUAUUCAAUCGUUAAUACUCUCGACCGAGUGGUUCAUACCAACAAUCGGGCGCAUGGUCUCCUUCCUUGUGCUUUCUGUCUUAAAUUCACGAGAUUCCUUCUAUUUGAGUUUCUACGAAUCGGUCUCACUCUACUGCGUGUCGCGACAUUAAUAAUUCAAAGAUUAUGCAAAACGGAACUACAAUACUAACCUCCAGUCUCUAUCUCUCCCAUCGUGUAAAAUUGCCUGACUACUCUCGUUUAAGCACGUCGGUCUAUCGAAGUAUCACAAGUCCGACACCGACGAUCGAGAUUAGAGAAGCACUCCGGCGAGAAGCUAAACGAGAACUAAAGGAAUCAUCAGCUGCGAUUUUCCAAUCGUACCUUCCAUCUUUUCCCCGCAGCAAUCUUACUUUAUCCGAAUUCGAUAUUUUCAAUUCAUCAUCCAAGCAUAAAAGUAGACCACAAUCGAAGACUGCAGGAGUCUCCGGUCACAACAAAGGUGUUCUACUAGCAACGACUCCAGAGCAUGCCGGCACCAAUACUUCAAUUCAGUACCCUCUGACAUGCUAAAAUGACCGUCGUCUAUCUUUGGCUGUCUUGUUAAUCCUCGGAGACUCCGAUGAAGACCUUGAUGAUAUGGCGUUCAUCAAGGCUGAAGGCAUAUUGCAUCCGUCAACGUGGCCUUGGUUACUGGAUGGGACUAUGAUUCACCAGGAUUCACCUUAUCCAACCAGCGACAACUAUGGCACGAGACCUGGGGGCCCGUGGGGAACACUCUUCUCCGCCUAUUUGUGGACGACAUCACGCUUCUUCUCCAGAUUCUUGCUCGUUCGAAGUGUGGAGGAGAGGUUUACUCUGCUGAUAGUCAAUCCUCACUUGCUUCGGAUUAUCUGACGGCGGUAUAUCGGUCACCACUAUGGUUGAAGAGCAUGCGGGUGCGGGAAACAAUGCAUCACUAUAAGAAACUCACAUCGUUCCUCGAAGGUGACCAUGGGCAAAUAUACCUGUGCUUGACACUGGCGUAUAAAACUCGGUGUUUUGCGUGUAUCGACGUCUUGCAAGUACUCGAUCGCCACCAGAUCACGAGAGUUAUCGCGCUUCCGACUUCUAUCCGACACGCGUUGUCUCCGCUACUUGUCGCGUAUCUGCCCUGACGAUAUGUUGUACCUUGGCCCACAAUUCAUACCAAUCAAUAACGCAUAGCCCAUGAUUGGCUCACGAGGGCAGACCGCGCAGUUGCUCGUCUCCAAAGGCGUGAUGAUACAGCUCGGAUGUUUCUCGCUCAAGCGCUACCUACUUUCCAUAAAAUACGGACGUACAGCUUGUCGGCGAGCUAACGACGAAGCGUUCGUUUGUCGCGUUUCAUGAUGCUUCGCUGGGCUCUUCUGGCUCUCUUGCCUCUUGCAGGCUUAGCCUUCGCACAGACCGCUGCCCCCUACACAGAUCCAGGCAAUGGUUUCCAAUUUGUUGGCGUGACAGAUCCCGUACACUCAGUCACCUAUGGUCUCGUCUUUCCACCUUUACCUGCUUCUGGACCAGCGCCCACCGAAUUCAUCGGAGAGAUUGUUGCCCCAAUUGACGCGAAAUGGGUUGGAUUCUCUCUUGGAGGCGCUAUGUUGCAAAGUUUGCUACUUGUGGCAUGGCCUAAUAAUGGUGAUAUUGUCUUUUCGACACGUUACACGACAACCUACGACCUGCCUACGCAGUACGUUGGUCCGACCUUGACGACACUCCCGUCAUCGUCUGUCAAUUCCACACACUGGAAAUGGGUGUAUAGGUGCCAAAACUGUACAACCUGGGCUGGCGGAGGAGGUAUCCCCCUUACCUCCGGUGCAGCAGUCGCGUGGGCAUACUCGGACAUCGCUGUCGACCAACCUUCCAAUCCCCAAAGCACUUUCGAUGAACACACUGACUUCGGUUUCUUUGGUAUCGACUUCUCCUCGGCCCACAGCGCAAACUAUGAGAACUACCUGAACGGUGAUGGCGGUACUCCACCGCCAACUACCACCCCUGGCGGCCCCACGACGACGGCACCACCUACAGGGCCUACCAUCGUUCCCACUCCUUACGACUAUAUCAUUGUUGGUGCUGGACCUGGUGGUAUCAUAGCAGCAGAUCGUUUAUCUGAAGCUGGAAAGAAGGUUCUUUUGAUCGAGCGAGGUGGUCCUAGUACUGCUGAGACCGGAGGGACGUAUUAUGCGCCCUGGACCACAAAUGCGAAGUUGACCAAGUUCGACGUUCCGGGUCUCUUUGAGUCGAUGUUCUCCGAUAGUAACCCUUGGUACUGGUGUAAAGACAUUACAGUCUUCGCGGGAUGUUUACUUGGCGGUGGCACUUCCAUCAACGGAGCAUUAUACUGGUAUCCCGCUACAUCCGAUUUCUCAACAGAUGCCGGUUGGCCCAGUAGCUGGACCAACCACCAACCCUACACCAGCAAACUCAAGGCUCGACUUCCAAGUACCGAUCAUCCUUCUAUGGAUGGGAAGCGUUACCUCACUCAAGCUUAUGACGUUGCUUGGCAGCUCUUAAAAAACCAGGGUUACAACCAGAUCACUCUCAAUGACAAUCCUGACUUCAAGGACCAUGCAUUCGGGUACAGCGCUUUCGACUUCGUUGACGGCAAACGUGGUGGUCCUGUCGCUUCGUACCUUCGCACAGCCAAAGCCCGGUCUAACUUCGCAUACAUGGAUUACACGCUCGUCUCCAAUGUCGUCCGUAAUGGUUCUCAAAUCACUGGUGUUCAAACCAAUAACACUCUUAUCGGCGGAAACGGAAUCAUUCCUUUGACACCCAAUGGUCGUGUCAUCCUUUCCGCAGGCUCUUUCGGCUCGCCCAGGAUUUUAUUCCAAAGUGGUAUUGGACCCUCGGAUAUGCUCUCGCUGGUCCAGGGGAACGCUGAUGCGGCGAAGAACUUGCCUCCAUCGAGCCAGUUCAUCAACCUGCCAGUUGGUAUGAACGUUCAGGAUAACCCUUCGAUUAACUUGGUGUUUACGCAUCCGAGCAUCGAUGCGUACGAGAACUGGGCUAACGUGUGGAGUAGCCCUCGGACGGCUGAUGCUAACCAGUAUUUGAGCAACUUCACCGGCGUCUUCGCCGGUGCUUCACCAAAAGCCAACUUCUGGCGUGCCUAUGGGGCGUCUGAUGGCAAGACUCGUUAUGCUCAAGGAACCGUUCGGCCAGGUGCUGCGUCGAUCAAUACUACGUUGCCGUACAACGCCAGUAACAUAUUCACCAUCACCAUGUAUCUCUCGACUGGUAUUACCUCUCGCGGACGUGUUGGUAUUGAUGCAGCGCUCCGUGCAAGACCACUUGUGAACCCGUGGUUUGCCGACCCUGUUGACAAGACCGUGCUCAUCCAGGCACUCAAGGAUGUUGUCGCAAACAUGAAUGAUGUUUCUGGCCUUACGAUGAUCACGCCUGACACGCAAAUGACUAUCGAACAAUACGUCGAUGAAUACGAUGUAGCAUCGAUGAACUCUAACCACUGGGUUGGAUCGAACAAGAUUGGCACGAGCGCCUCAAACGCCGUCGUCGACCAGAACGCCAAGGUAUUCAACACGAACAAUUUGUUCAUCGUGGAUGCAUCAAUCAUCCCAUCUUUACCCAUGGGUAACCCCCACGGCAUGCUCAUGUCAGCCGCAGAACAAGCUGUAGCUAAAAUCCUUACUCUCUCGGGAGGUCCGUGAUCAUGAAUCACGUCGCAAGGUCAUAUUCUCCUUCCCCAAAAGUUCAUUAUAUUGCAUCGGGUUGUUCUGUACAUUGGCGGAUCCAGUUAUAUCAGAAUUUAGCUAGCAUGCCCAGCGCUACUACCUCAGUAAGGAUAUCAAGUUUGCGAAUCAUUUUAAAAGUGGAUUCGGGAGCUAUAUCAUAAUCGACACUCAAACAGUGUACAUAAUUCUUUUCCUCUACAAUCACGCAAACUAUGGCUGGACUUUACGAAAGUCCUACGCUAUCUCCAUG